AUGCAAUCUUCAACACGUCCAAAAUCCUCACCACUUGAUCGUCCUUUGACUCAAAAACCAAAAGGAGAUAUCAAUUUGAGUACAUUUGCUCUUCUAUUUUCCGAAAUGGUUCAGUAUUCUCAAAAUCGUGUUGAUAGCAUCAACGAUCUUCAAAACAAGUUAUCCGACUUUGGAAAACAUGUUGGAAUUCGUGUACUCGAUUUAUUUUUUCUUCGUGAACGAAAAGAUAAACGAGAAAUACGUUUAACAGAAAUGUUAGUAUUUAUUAAAAAGAAUAUAUGGAAGUUUCUUUUCAAUCGUGAAGCUGAAAAUCUAGAACAACAUGCACAAGAUAUUAAUACAUAUUAUAUUAUUGAAAAAGAAUGUUUAGUCAAUAAAUUCAUUUCGAUACCAAAAGACAAAGGUAGUCUGACAUGCGCAGCAUUUGUCGCUGGUAUUGUAGAAGGAAUUUUGUGCUCAAGUGGCUUUUUAUCGAAAGUUGCAGCACAUCAAGGACCAAGAGGCACAGCAUAUCGUAAUCCGAAAUUCGAAUUGAAAAAAGAUGAAUUGGUUCGUUUACUGGGACGAUUUGAAGCUGAGCUUCAAGCGAAGGAAAUUGCAUUGGCAACGAUGAAGUCUGAAAAAGUGAAAACAUUAUUAUAUAAUGCACGAUUUGGUCGUUUGAAUUGUAAUUCGGAUCCAUAUUCAGCUCUAUUACGCGAUAGUGAAACAAUCAAAGAAGAUUUACUUGGUGAACAAAUUCCAAUGAAAACUGUUUAUGAGAGUCAAUUAUCACAGCUGGAACAUUUAAUUGUACAACAAAAAAAACAAGUGCAGUUAUUAAAAAAUGUUUUAAAUGAAUCAGAUAAAAAAUUGAUAACACUUAUGGAAGAACUUGAAAGUGAAAAACAUCAUAAAACUCGCGUUCAAACACUUCAAAAUCAACUACUAGAGUCUCAGAAAGAAAAACUCCAGUUAAAAAAUGAUUUAGAUAAUGUACAUUUUCACAAUAAAGAAUUAGAACAACAGCUGGUACAGUUGCUACAUCUACUUGAACAAGAACAACAACGUCAUAAACAAUUUGUUGUCAUAUUAAUUAACGAACGAAAACAACUUUUUUCUCAUUUAAAAAGUGAAAAAGAAAAAUAUAAACAACAAAUAGAUAAAAUUUUAGGUGAUUCGACACAAGACAAAGAUGUUCAGCAACAAUAUGAACGAAAAUACAAACAAUUAGAAGAUGAAUAUGAACAGUGUAAAGAUAAAUUGAAUACAAAAAUCAAGCAAUUACAAAUGGAACUUGAGCUAGUGAAUGAAAAAUAUCAACAACAACAAUUAACACAACCAUUGCCCGUUGUCCAUCAGCAUGCUAACGUGAUGGAACAAGACAUGAACGAAGCGGAUACAAAGCAGACUAUUCAUGUAAAAGAUUUAAAAUCUCAUUCACAUCAAGGGGUUAAACGUUUAGAAUCAGCGCCACCCACGAAUGUAUCUCAUAUCAUGAGUGAACAUCCAAAUGUUACCAUUACUUCUUCGACCACAAUUUCAACCACAUCCGACACCAAAUCACCAUUACCCACUAAUAGUAACAUUCGUCGUCCAGCAAUUAUUCCAUCACCCAGAACAAUGCAAGUUACUAGUGUAACGACAAAAAUUUCUUCACCACGUUUACAAACACCAUCUUCCCCGUCCAUACCAAGUGUUUCCGUUUCAACCACAAGUUCACCAUCAUCAAUAAUCGAAAUAGCACCCACAACUACAACAGCUAUUAUCAAACGAAGUGUUAUACCGGCUAUUCAGAGUCGAAACGUUAAUAGUACUGAAUCAGCACCAUUGAUGAUGUCUAAUCUUCGUUCACCCUCAACAUCACACAAUGUUCAAAAUUCUUCGAUAACACCAACAACGAUUAGUAGCCCAUCAUCGCGCAGUAUUCCAAAGUUAACAAAAAAUUCUUUAGUAUCAGCAUCCAAUAUAAAUAAACCAACAAAAAUGUCAGUACAUCAAGAACAUGAUUCAACAGCUGCUUCAGUGACGAAGCGCAUGCAACUUUCAAACAAUCAUGAUCUGAGAUCAUCGUCAGGCGUUAUUGACGAUCUUCAAAAUUUAUUAAAUGUUAUACAUUCAGCUGUUGAAAAUCGUUUAAACACCGAAAUAUAUCCUGCCGAUUCACAUAUAACAAGAGAAUAUCCAUAUAAAACAACAACAAACACCAGUGAAGAGUCGACUAACGAGCAAGAGGAAAAUGUUUCUUCAUUUCCAAUUAAUCAACUUACUGUCCUUUUACGAGCAGCACAAAUGGGUGAAGCAGAUCAGUUAAUUAAACUUCUCAAUUUGGGUUUAAAUCCAAAAAAUUCUUCUCCUGAUGGUACUACAGCUCUACAUUUGGCCUGUUUAUUUGGACAUAAUGAUUGUAUUCGGCAUCUGAUAUUUCACGGUGCUGAUCCGUUUAUAGAAAAUGUUUUGGGUCAGACUCCUUUUAAAAAUUUAACAAAAUUAGAUGAAACAAAUGAAUUAGAAUGUUUAAAAACACUAGUUGAAGAUGGAAAAUAUCCUCCACCUACCGAUUUAUUAAACGAUUGUAUUGUUAAUAAUCAUCAACAAACAUUUGAUUAUCUUUUUUCUUUAUCUGCUGAAACUAUCUUGAACGAUGAAGCCAUCUUGUGUAAAGUACUUCGUACUACAUUAAGAUCAUCAAAUACACAUUUUCUAGAAUCUCUGUUCACAAUCGUUAGUGUUAAAGAUUUUGUACAUUUUGUCGAUGCCACUUGUUUCAUUACAAACGAAUGUCUUUCACUACUGUCAUCACUAAACAUCAAUAACAAUCCAAUUAAUACAAAACCAAUUGAAUUAGCUGUUUAUUUAUCUUCAUCGUUAUCAGCAACAUCACUAUCCGCUAGUCGUGAACGUUCAUUUUCAUACGGCAUCGGUGUGAUUCAAUUAACCUAUGAUAUGUCAUGGCUUGAAUUUGAAAAGACCAUAAUCAAAGUUUACAACGAACAUCUUGCACAAGUCGAUUCACCAUUUGAUUAUACAAAAUGUACAAUUGGUAUUACAACAAAGAGUAUCGAUGUAUUGUGUUUAGGCCAAUAUAAAUGGCUGUAUCAAGAUAGUCCAGAUGAUCUUAAUCUACCGUACGUGAUUGUUCAUGAACAAUCAUUACAAACAGUAAAUAUUUGUUUAAAAGGUAUUGAAAGUAAUUCGACAGAUGCAUUGGCAUACAAUUAUUUUAUUCCAAGUCAAAAUUUAAAAAAUUUUUUACGUUAUAUUGAACAAAAUACAUAUGUUGGUGUUUAUGGCGCACCUCACACAAACAAACAUACAUUAUUUGAAGGUUUAAUUCGACAAUUUGAACAUUCUCCUUUACCAUCAUCAACACCAAAAUUUAAAGUGAUCAGAUUUGGUUUUGAAAGUGUUUCAUCGAUUGAUGAUUGUAUAGAGGAUUUGAUUGAUGCAGAUUUUUUUCAAACACAAAAGUGGACAACAUCUACAAAAUCAUCAAAAGUUAAACAUUUGUUGUAUUUCUAUAAUAUUCAAAAUGGUAUUGGUAUCGAAUUAUUAAAGUUAUUAUUAAAUGGAAAAACAGUAUCAGAUGGUUGUCAGAUGUUAGAUUAUACGAGUGAAUAUUCAAAUUCUUCAUCAAUGGUUUACUAUUAUCCAUCAACAUUUCAUGUAUUUGUAACAUUGAGUAAACGUACAUGGUCGAAUGAAAAUGAUAUAUUAAAACAAUUCAAAUGGAUUCCAUUUAAAAUUGAUACAGUACCAUGGAAUGGAAUAUUGAAACGAUAUCUUUGGCGACGAAUGAUUGAUUAUAAUACACGUAAUAAACUUCCCAUUGAUAAUGAUCUUGUCAAAACAUUACAAUAUACAACAAAUGUAUGGCAACGAUACAAUGAAUGUUUACAAAAAUUGAGUCUACAAGAUGCUUUAUUGGGUCCGGGUAUUUUUUAUGAUUGUCCAAUGGAUCGUGAAAGUAUUUUUGAUUGGCUACAAUCUAAAUGGAAUAAUGUUAUUGCACCACUUGUUCGUGAAUUAUCAAUGAAUAAAUGUUCACAGACAAACAAAAAAGCUUCAUCUAUGUUAACAUCGAUGACAAGUCUUGAAAUCAAUUCUCCAUAUGAAUCAGUUGCCUGUACAGCAUUGUAUGUUCUAUUACAUCGUACUGUUGCAAGAGAAUGUCCUCUAACUGGAGAAGAACGUGAACAUUAUUUGUUGAAUUUUGUGGGUAGUCGUUUAGAAGGUGGUAUGACAUCGAUGCCAAGUUCAACCGCUUCAAGUAGAGCUAGUACACCACUAGGAAAUGCUCAUUGUGAUUUCAUUUCAAUACAAUUGGAAUAA